AUCAGUGAUAUCAUGAAAAUGAAGAUAUCACAACUAUACAAUGGUAAAACGCUAUAUUAUCCAUUGAAUUUGCUCUAUUGAAUCUGGCGAAAAAAAAAUCUAUUAUUUAUUAAUGAAAUUUAGCGGUUUUAACACUUUUUGAAAAUCAUUUCAUUCCACAACUCACUGAAUUUUCAUUACUACUGUCCGUGCAAUAAAUUCCAUCAUUUCAUGCUAGUGAAAAAGUAUCUGUCCUUCGAAAGAUGACUGGUAUAUCAUCUGUGAACACAUUAAUAAUUAAUGACGACAAAAUUCUGUAAUUAUUUUUUCUUGAUUUUAAUUCAGAAAUAGAUGAUCAGGAAGCUUAGUUUUCAUGGUGAAAUAGCAAUAAAUAUGCGUCUGCUUUCAUUUUUAUUCAUUGUAAUCAAGCAGAGGAUACUCAAGAAUAUCUACGAGAUGAUGAAUCCAACGUAUGAAGCCUUUCUCAAGUUUAUUUUUAUAAACGAUGAUUUUUGAUCAGAAAAUGUAACACGUAAAGUUAAUCGUUAUCGCUUUACUGAAACUCCAUAUCAUUUUCUCGAAAAUUUCACCAAUGUGCAAAAGUUAUAAAGAUAAGCUGUAAUAUGGUAAGAUUGAUAAAGUGGAUUAGAGGAGUAUAAAUAGCAAAUUGGGAAAAAAGUUAUGGCAGUAAGGAGAGUCACCAAUUUAGUCACACUUUUACUCAUCGCGAAUGGGCAGUGGAUCCAGCGCUAGUCCCAACAGAAACAUGACGACAUCAUUCUCUGGCCAGUUGGCGUGUCCUGUGGAGUUUGGGCAGAUUUUUCUGAUAUUUGGCAAGACGACACGCACUGCCGAGCGACUGGAUGUGAAUUUGGCCGCCGACAAGCGCCAUGCUGAGGUUCCGCUGCAUCUCUCCGUGCGAUUUCGCGAAAAUGCGGUGGUGAGGAACAGCAAGACAGGCCCCUCUUUUGGGCUGGAGGACAAGACGCCGGGAUUCAAUAAUGUGAGGAAUCCCCUGAUCGCCGGACAGGAGUUCCAGGUGUACAUUCUCGUGGGUGUGGAUCGCUUCCAUAUUGCGCUGAAUGAUCAACCCUUCACGGAAUUUAUGUUCCGCACGGGUUUGAAUAGGAUUUCAGUGCUACAAGUGUUGCAGGAUGUGGAGUACAUCCGACAGGUGGACCAUCGGAAGGCAUAUCCUUCACCUUAUCCACCCGUACAGACGCGAUCUUCCUGGUUUACCUUCUCCAAUGACUUACCCGUGACCUACAAAGCGGGUCAUGUGGUCGUCGUGACUGGGACCGCCCUGGGAAAUCAACAGGGACACUUCGCGAUCCGCUUCCUGGUCGGACACACGGAGAAGCAAGCACUCCACUUUAAUGUACGCUUCUCUCAAAGAGAAGUGGCGAGAAAUCACACAGUCAACAGCCGAAUGGAAUUCAAUCCAAAUGACGAAGAACGAGGCGGAGGAUUUCCAUUCCAGUUCAAUCGCACCUUCAAGAUCGCAUUUGGCUUUGGUGAACGUGGCUUCAGGAUCGCCGUAAAUGGGACAUUCUUCUGUGAGUUUGCUUACAGAGGACAGUGGAAUACAUACACUGGGAUUAAGUGUUCAGAGCAUGAUGGGUUGGCUCUCAACAUCACUGAGGUUGAUCAUGUGCUUCACGACAAAUCUCUGAGGAACUUUGAACAAUUGUCCCGCCCUUAGAAGCAACGGAAGUGCUCCAGAAACUAGUAAGGUCUUGACUUUUC